AUGUCACGGAGAACAGAGUAUGAUGAUCCUAUUGAAAUUGUGCGAAUGGCUCGACUCGCAGUCAAGGAAGCCAAUAUGCGAGCAACAAGAAUGCAGGGUCAAACUACCCAACAGUUGAUGCAAAGAGUGAAGGAUUUGAAGUAUUGGAGUGGAGAAAUCGAUAGAGAGCUCGCCGACGUCAAGGAAGAACACGAUGACCUUCUCCGAUGCUAUCGUCGUCUCCAGCUCUGUUUGGAUAUAACUGGAAGAGCGACUAGAUGCAACGAAAGUUGUCUUGCAGUACGCAGAAAGAAAGUUCAAGUUGGAGACCACACGUCUGAUAGAGUUGAUAUGGAAUUACACAAAGAGAAGGAGCUUAUGUCCGAAACUGUAAAACAAAUGAAAGAAGUUGGGGAACGUGUGGAAAGACAGCUAGAAGUGAAUCAAGCAGCAAGAAAGAAUUUACUCCGUGAUCUCACUUUGAAGCAAGAAGCAAUAAACUUGGAUCACAAGUCCGUGGCAAUUGGAGCUGAUGGGAGUAAGAGUGUGGUGAGAACUCCAGAUGGGGAUCGAUUGGAUUACCGAGAAGGAGCACCACUUCAAAGAAUGAGUGAAUACUCCGAAUGGAUAGAAAACACCGGGAAUAAUCUGAACUACGCGGCACGAGCAAGAGUUCAUAGCCGUAAAAUUGGACAGAAAUUGUGCCAGUCACUUCGUGAGAUGGCUUCUCAGCUGAGAACUGAAGCAAUCGCGGUGGAAGCUUUGCUGAAAGAUUCCGUCAGAAACUGGCAGGAGUGGAAAGACAAUCUGCAUUCUCAAGUAAACGGAAAAGACAAAGAGAUCAAAAAUGCGGAUGGCGCCAUUGAGGAAAUAUCAUUCAGUUUGAAGCAAAAAAGUGGUCCUUUACAAGUUGCACUCUCUCGACAAAACCAACGCGGUCUCCGUCCUGGAAUCGAAUUGUGUAACGAUAAAGCGCAGCAUGCUCUUCACCAAGAGUUAAUGAUGUUAAAAGGAACAUUUCUGAGUCUGGAGAAUCAACUAGAUAAGGCUAAGGAAAGUCGCAAGAAGUUGGAGAACGACCGUGACAAGCUUCAACGGAAACUCGAUAUUUGUGACCAUAACUUGACAAUUGACAACGAAAUCCUUCGACAAAUCCGUUCAUCUUACCCCCACGAGAUUCAGCUCUCCGGUUUCCUGCUGAGCGAAACAAAGGAGCAUAGAUGA